AGUUUAGCCGCGGUAUAAGAGCGGCCUCAACAUCGGUUACUCCAUUAAAGUUGUCCGAACUAUUGGCCAGUGUCAACAUGAGCGUAGUGCUAACCGUGGUGCCAUUUUUCUUAGUUGCACGUGUCGACAUCGACUCGGCGGUAUGGAACUACGGGCCGGAAUACACGUUUCAAGUUCACGUGAACUCGACCGCGAUCCCCGAGGAAGGAAGCUACAUGAGCAUCCGGCUGAACGUCGCCUCGAAGCUGGUGUGCCAGCCGAAGGGAUACUUAGGACUUAGCUGCCAUUUUCGGGACUCGCAAGCGGACAGUUACGCUACCGAAAGCUUAGAUCCUGUCAUGUCAGCCGUUCCUAUCGGCCCGGUGUCCAGGCAGGAGGCGUACGAGUUGAGCCGCGAGCAGUUCGAGAUCAAAUUCUCGGAACAGGGGCUGGACAGUCUCGUCGUGAACGAGAACAUCCAACCCCGAGAGCUGGACAUGAUCCGGGUGAUAGUCGGCCAGCUGAACAUCGGCGUCCUCAUGAGCGUAUACGGGAAGCCCGAAUUCGAGGUGAUGGAGAAUUUCACUCUGGGGGAGUGCAUGACGACUUUCACGAUGGAACGGAGCACGGUCGGUCACUCGUUCCGCAUAAAUCGUGGCUAUGUUCUCGAGACGCUGUUCAACCUCAAGGACGGACAGCUGGUGCAGAUCAGGAAGAUCAGGAAUCUCCUUAUGUGCACGCACAAGAUGCCGUACUUCUUCGGCAGCGCAGAGUCUAUGCGCGAAAUCAGCGACAUGGUCUCUUCCGUCGUUUCUUCGGAGAGUCACGCAGCGAUCACUUCUACCGAGUUCAUAUCCGGUACCACGAACGUGGUAACCACCAGCAAAGUAUCUGAAAGUACAGAGACCACUUUGUACGAGCACAUAAGCUUGAGGCUGGAAUCGAUUUUGCCCGCGGAGAGCGAGCCACCGGAAGUGAAGGAUCCCGAAUCGGCCAGCAUGUUUAUCGGAAGAUGGUUGGCGGAGAACUCGAUGGAGGAGGACUCGAUCGAGAUGGACUCGCCGAUUGAGAUUUAAAAGGAUUGUACACAUGGAUUCGAUACCAUUCGCAUAGCAGUACUGUGUAACAGAUCGGUGACAUGCGAAUUGAUAUAUGAAUCGAUCAAAUUUUUGUGAAUCGCUAUGUACUGUUGUAAAUACUGUGCGUAAUUGUCAUUUAAUUCUGUACAUAAUAAAGACAUUUGUCAUUUGUACGUAUUGUACCUUGUCCGUUUCACGAUUAAUUCGAAUUGAUGCCAUUUUACACAGUUUCUCGUAAUUGUAAUUAAUAAAGUUAUAAUAAGUACGAA